CUACCACAACUACUUCUCUGCAUUUUCUUGAUAAUCAUCCUUUUCAUUUCUUCAUUGUCUUUCAGUUCUUGCAUGGCAGUGAGCUUUUUGAGGCACGAGGUAUCUGACCUCUGUCUAGGAAAACCGGCUCUGAGGUCUCUUUCCAUCUCCGCGACCGUCGCCGAUGCCGUUGAGGCCUUGAGGACCUCGGAAGAUAACUUCAUCAGCGUCUGGGAUUGCAACCACAACUCCAAGAGUCUCGCUGGCGACCAGUGCCGGUGUGUUGGGAAGGUGUGCAUGGUCGACGUAAUUUGCUAUCUUUCCAAAGAUGAGAACUUGUCGUCUCCAUCUGCUGCGCUGAAGGCGCCAGUCUCUGAAAUCUUGACAAAGAUUCCGGGAACUGUUAUGCACGUCAAGACAUCUUGCAGCUUAUUGCAAGCCAUUGAUCUAAUUCUCCAAGGAAACCAGAACCUGGUAGUACCAAUUCAGACUAGGCUAAGUAGCACUUCAAGAAGAAAACAGUUCCCAAAGUCUACAAACCACAUGGCCACCACAACGAAUCACAACGGCCAAGAGUUCUGCUGGUUAACACAGGAAGACGUUGUUCGAUUCCUUCUGAGCUCAAUCGGGGUCUUCUCUCCCAUGCCUGCUCUUUCAAUAGACUCUCUCGGCAUCAUCAAUACCAAAGACGUCGUGGCCAUCAACUACCACUCUUCGGCAAGCUCUGCGAUUCAGCUCAUAACUCAGUCACUCGAGCAGCAGACCUCAGUGGCUGUUGUGAACAUGGAUGAUGUGUUGAUCGGUGAGAUCUCGCCUUUCACUCUCGCCUGCUGUGACGAGUCGGUGGCUGCAGCCAUUGCCACUCUGUCUUGUGGAGAGCUCAUGUCCUACAUUGACUGUGGAGGACCACCUGAGCAUUUGAUCAAGAUUGUGACGGAGAGACUCAAGGAGAAGAAAUUACAGGGAGCUUUGGAAAAUUUCUCAUCCUUGACUGAUGAUUCUGCAGACUCGGUGUCAUCAUCUUCGUCUUCAUCAUCAGAUGAGGAGUCUUCAAAUAGUAGCAAAGUCAGGUCUGCCGGAAGAUUUAGUAGGUCAAAUAGCUACUCGGCUAGAAUGGUGAGAAGGUCCGAGGCCAUAGUUUGUCAUCCAAAGAGUUCGUUAGUGGCUGUGAUGAUUCAGGCAAUUGCUCAUAGAGUGAACUAUGUCUGGGUUAUCGAGGGUGACUAUAAUUUGGUGGGUAUUGUCACCUUUUCUGGUAUACUGGAGGUUUUCCGGGAACACUUGGAGACCAUGAUCUAAAAUGUUUUCGUAAAAUAUUGGUAAUUCAUGGCUUUCAUGCCAUCGCAUGUGCAAUGAUUUCCCGUGGACGAUGUUUGAGUGGUUAAUCCUUAGCAGCACUGCUAGCUAGGGUCACUUAUCGUCUUAUCUUGAGUUUACAGGAAUGAGAGAAAUAAAAUGAGUAAUUUACCAGCA